AUGCAUCCGGAUUCGGGCAAUAAUACUACAUACGAGCUGUCCAACCAAACGUGCCGACUGUGUUUGGGCAACAAGGAAGAAGUCGCGCCGCUCGAAGAUUCGCUGACCGAGAGCGAGCUUACCAACGUCAUCGAAGGCUUCUUCAAGAUAGAUCUGGAUGAAAAUUGGCCAUUCCACAAUGCGUGCAUCAAGUGCAUCAAGGAGGUACAGCUGAUUGAAAGCAUUCGCUCUGAAUUUCAAGACAAAAAUCGAAUAUUCGAUGUGCUCUGGACGCAGUACAAGCGAAUCCAUCUACAAGACGAGUCGACCAACGGUGGCAAAAAGUAUGUACUGAAGGAGAUCGAGGAUGCCAUGCCGGACGAAUACGUCAUUGAGGAGUUGGUGGUGGAAAAAACCCAACUGAAUGCUCUGCAAUCGGAUAUGUUGCUUAAGGAAGAAAAUGCUAGCUCCGAUCUAAUUAUUAAGGUGGAAGAACAGGAAGAGGAUGACCCUGUGCAGGAGGAGUUGGUGUACGAAGAGAUGGCCCUUAGCGAAAGUGACAUCGAUAUGGAUGUGAUUAUAGAGGAAGAAAAGGAGGGAUUGAACGAUACGAGCGAAGUGAGCUUAAUGGAAGAGCAGUUGGAGAAACCGGAUGAUAAUGUGCAAACCGUUACGGAAGUUGAUUCGGAACACCAUAGCGAACAUCUGUACGAAACUGGUGAUGAGGAAGAUGAGUUAAACGAAGAUGAAGGCUACUUCGAUGAAACGAUCAUUCGCUGCUACAUCUGCAUGACAUGUUUGGAAACAGAAAACUCGCUGCAGGAUCACUUGACGGAGAAUCACGGGAACUUGAUGCCAUUUCACUGUGACAAAUGUUUGCUACAGUUUCAUUCCAUACACGAGGUGAACCAGCAUCUCAUCACGCACGUGUUUCCGUUCGUUUGUUUGUACUGUCCCCGCAAGUACUGUAAGGAGAGUCUGUUGCGCGUUCACAAUAAGAUUUGCAAUUCGUAUCGCUGUGUUCUUUGUCCGGCUGAGUUUGCAAUCAAGGCUCAUCUGAACACACACACGAGACAACACACGGCAGAGCUGCGGAGGACCAAUAAGUGCAAACAAUGUGGACGACCGUUUAAGCAAGUGAGUAAAUUACGGCGCCACAUCCAAUCCGGUGAGUGUAGUGGUGGUUCAAAGGAACCACGUAAACAGUCACCCGAAUCAAAAUCAUAUCCCGAGGCAGCGAAUCGGUCUAGAGUGGUUAGAAAUCUGCUCGUAUGUCAGGUUUGCUGUAGAAAGUUUGAUAACAACUCCCACUUAGCACGCCACCUUGAACUGGAACAUCCGGAAUUUAGUAUUCCCCUCUUCCCGUGCGACGUUUGUCCGAAGAAGUUUACCUCGUUUGAAACAAGCUUACGCCAUCGGGCCUAUCAUCGCCGUUCGACUGCAAAGCCGAAAGAUACUACAAAGACGAAAGAAUCCGAUACCGUCUGCAAGAUAUGCAAUAAGGCAUUCCGGGUCGAUCAUCAGCUGUUGCGCCAUCUGACCGAGGACCAUUCACUGUCGCUCGAACUGUUCGAGUGUGAACAGUGUCCGCGUAAGUUUUCGACCGAAUUUAAGCUGCGCAAGCAUCAGUACAACAGCCAUCGGGACAACAAACCGAUGUUCGUAUGCUCGCACUGUGGGCAAAAGUUUGAAAAGAAGCUGACGCUGAAGGACCACGAAACGAAGCAUCUUGGAACGCCGGCGUACAAGUGUAACGUGUGUCACAAGACGUUCAUUCACAAGCACAGUCUCGAUCGGCACGCACUGGUUCACAGUGACGAGAAACAGUUUGCGUGUGAUUUUUGCUCCAAAACAUUUAAGCGCAACACGACACUGGUCAUCCAUCGGAGAAUACACACCGGAGAAAAGCCAUACCAGUGCGAACCGUGCGGUAUGCGAUUUAUUGACUCCAGCACGCUGAUAAAACAUCGUCAACGGGCACACAUGAAGACGGAGUGACAAACGGC